AUGGAGGGUAUCUACAAAAUUAAUUUGAUACCCAACGAUCUGAGCGUUGAGGAGACAAUUCUUCAAAUCGCCGAUAGUUUGGAUAAUCUCAACGGCAUUGUCGACGACGUAUUUACACGAAUAUCCACUAAAAUUAAUCGGAACAUGGAAAAAACAGCGAAGCUCCAAGAGAGGAUAGUAUCAUCUAGAACGAAAGUCGAGAAGUUGGCGGGCAUGCAGAAGGCUAUAAAAGUGUUCUCCGGCGCUAAAUAUCCCGCCGCAAUCGUGCACGAACACUAUCAAUCCAUCUUUGAUAAAAGCUCUUACCAUUAUGAGCCUAAAAAGGUGGCUCUUAGCGGCAAGUCGCGACCGCCGAACGAAAAAGCGAUACAGGAAAAAUUACAUUUCUUCCACGUCAAAGUGGCGGAACCAAAAGCGGCGGGACCUAAACGAGAAGUAGAUUUAGAGUCUGUAAUCGAUAAAGCGACGUCUGUGGGGGAACUGUUGAUUUUCAACACGGAUGAGAGUCCGUAUGUAGCGGCGCCAUGCCAUCGGCCCUAUGUACCCAGGACUAUAGAAGACGUCAAGAAAGCUGUACUGGACGACCCGCCCCCGUCCAUCAAGAGAGGGAAUAUACUGAAGAGGGAAGUCGACGAGUAUAUGUACGCGCCCGGCAUGGGAAUGGUUCCCGAACUGGAUAUGCCCUUGGACUUACCCCACCUAUCGGGUAUAGCCGGCGACAUACAAUACUCCAUCACCGAUGAUGGAACCAUCGCCCCAUCCGCAGUCACAUCACCGGUCCAACCCACUGUGUCAAUACCGGAACUUCCCGAUAUUUCUGUACUGCCCGAUGUCAUGCCGGACGUCCAGCUACCGUCCGUUGAUGCAGGGGGUAAAACGGUGCCGGAUGUGCCGGAUGCCCCUCCAGCACCCCCUACAAUGCCGGCACCAUCUAUGCCGUCACCUCCGCCCCCACCACCGCCGCCGCCGCCGAUGGACGUGACACCGAUUAAGACGAGGGAAACCCUUCCAAGCACGCCGUCUCCAGGGGGUGACGCUCACGCAAGUCUCAUGGCGGCUAUUCGGCAAGCCGGUGGAGUGGGCCGGGCGAAGUUAAAGACGGCUGCUUCUCCAACAACAGAUAAGGUCUCCAAGCCAGCUAUCGGUGGCGACCUGAUGGCGGAUCUUCACGCAAAGCUUUCAAUGCGGCGACGAGGAAUUUCGGGCACUGAACGCCCGGCGACCUCCGGUGGUACAGUGCUCCACACCCUCGCCAGCAUAAUACCAGAACCCGGAGAUCAGUCCUCCCCGCAACAGUCGUCUAGCGGCGAAGAUUGGGAGUAA